UGUCCAAUAGAAUUUAAUACAACACAUAUUAAAACAAGCUUUCCAUUGCAUGUAAACCUUGCACUCUGCGGUUAUAGGAUGAACGAUUAAAAUUUAAACCUCCGCAACUAAAGGGGGUCUUUCGUUGGGGGCUUUUUGUAAUUUUGUUAAGAAAAUCUAACUCUAAUAAUCGCGCUUGAAUUAGCUGUGCAUUUAUAAUCAUGGCUGUUGUUAAUUUAUUUUGUUAUUUUGCAUUCAUAAUUAUCACACUCAUGUUCUUAUGUUCUGUCAGUCGGUCAAUAAAAUUUUAUGUAAAAUUAGUAUUUUAUUAUAUUGCUAUAUUUAGUGUUACUCUUGUUGCUAUACCAUUCUCAGCAUGCCAGCCAGGAGAUCCUGGAAAUUUAUUGUAUGCAUCUUGGAUGGUUCAUCAUAUUAUAUCUCGGAUCUUUGGCUUAAAAUGGGAGGUGAAAAAUGAAGAACUAUUAAAAUCUAAAGAGCCUUGUGUCUUGGUUUGUAAUCAUCAAAGUGCUUUAGACAUAAGUGGAAUGAUGUACAUUUGGCCACUUUUUCAUCCAUGUGUACCAGUUUUGAAAAAGGAACUUCUAUUCACUGGUCCUUUUGGCAUAUUUUGCUGGCUUGCAGGAUGCAUAUUUGUUGACAGAUUCAAUUCUGAGAAGGCUCGAGAUACUCUGAAUAUGAAAGUAAAAGAGCUGAAAGAAAGAAAAGUAAAACUAUGGAUAUUCCCUGAGGGAACUAGAAAUGAUAGUGGAACUUUGCUUCCUUUCAAGAAAGGAGCAUUUCAUAUAGCAACUCGAGCAAAAAUUCCUAUUGUUCCAAUAGUUUUCUCACAAUACACCGAUUUCUAUAGUAUUGGUAAAAAAUUAUUUGAUAGAGGUACUAUUACUGUCACUGUUUUACCUUGGAUUAAAACAGAGCAUUUGACAUCAGAGGAUGUACCUUUGCUGACAGAAAAAGUUCGAUCUCUAAUGAUGUCCAGCUUAAAGCAGUCGGCAGAAGGUUUAUUGGAAACAAAAUCUAAUGGCAGCCACAGUACUAAAGAGCAGAAUCAGUGAUUAAAUUCCAUUGACUAUUUCAUCCAGAUCAAACUUAUUUUUUGUUUUUAUAAAUUUACUGAGGAUUUAUUUCUUUACUGAUCAUUGAAAUCCUGUUAUUAUUUUAAAAUUCAUUUAAUUUCAUGUUUUUGUUUGUUGAAUGUGCCAUAAUCCUUGAAGGUCUAUUUCUUUCAUUUAAGCAAAGUUGCUAAUAUCAAAAAUUCACAUUGAUCUCAUUUACAAAUUUUACUUGUGAUUUUUCUACUACAGAAACAUGCUCAAAAUCUGGUUUUCUUGAUUCAUUGUUAAUUAUCUUUUAUUAUUAUCAGUUAUCUUUGCAUUGGCUAAAUUCAAUGGAAGGAAGAUUUCAGUUAUUUGAAAUUAAUUCCAAGAGUUUUUAUCAUGCAGAUAUUAGCAAUUUGAAACUUAUUUAGAAAGUGGGGAGAAACUGGUUCAGUAAAUAAGUGAUAUUUAUUUUUUUAAUUUUGCUUUAAAAGGGAGAAAAUUUUUCUUUUCUUCCCCUUUUUGUCCUCUUUUUUCAUUUUGAAUUUCUUUUCAGAUUUAUAAGUUUUCUUAUAAAUCUGAAAAGAAAUCCAGUGAAAGGAUUUGUAUAUAAAGUUAUUUAUAAUUUCUUUUUUUCUUUCCAUUUCAUUACAGAGUGUUUGCAGUAUAACUGCUAACACUUUUAAUUUCUAUUUGAGAACUUUUUAGUGUAAAGCAUACAAUGAAAGCAUACAUAAAUUCCAUAUCAAAAUUUUGGGACUUAAGAAUGUCAGUUUGUUAGAAAAUUCUCUAAUUUAAACAUGCUUAUUGUAGUGCUAAUUUUUGUUGGUAGCUUUAAGUGAGAGUACAAAUGCAGUUAAAACAAAGAAAAUACAUUCAUAUAUUUUGUGUAUGUGUGUUCCAGCAUACCUAGAAUUUUAUAGAAUUUUGGGUAUCUGUCUUAAAAUAUUAAAUGACACAUCUAUGCAAAUCUUAGACAAAAAUGAAUUUAUAUAUAUAGCAUUUACAUAGCAAGGCUAUACUUUUUUUGUGUGUGUUUAUUGUGAUAAUUGAUACCUAAGAUUUAGAACUUUUUGCUUUUAUUAUUUUUUUAAAUAUUUAAAUGCAUUUAUUAAAUUUAUUUGAGCUAGUCAUUU